ACAGAAAAAACUUCAGUUUUUGAUAAGGAAUGUUCCUGGAACGUCAAAAGUUACGAAUGGUUAUUGAUAAAAUUAUAAAUUCAAAUUUCGAAGAUGUCCUCCUCAUCUUGCUACGAUGACUCACCAACAGAACUUUCAGAUGAUGACUGCAACGACAGCAUCGAAGACAACACCAGCGAUGACGACAAAACUGUUGUUAUAACUCAAACGAAAGUGAUAGCCCGUCGCUUCGAGUUUUGGCACGAGAAAUUCUUGAGUUAUAAGGAAAUACUCGAGUACUUGGUAAAAUUGGCAGACCUCUAUAAACAUAAGUGCACAGUUGAGCGUUUAGGAUAUUCAGUUGAACAAAGGCCGAUUUGUCUGGUCAAGAUCUGUCCGAAUAGGUUCAGACGCAAUCAAAUGAGUGUUUUGAUAGAAGCUGGAUCAAAUGGUUCGGAGAAGAUGACAGUUUCUUCUGUAUUAUUUUUGAUUGAAUAUCUUGUCAAGAAUGAUCUCAAGCUUGUUGUGGAGUAUCUUAUAAUACCGUGUUUGAAUCCAGAUGGGUAUGAAAAAUGUCUAAAGAGGAAGAAAAUACCGAAGAAUGAACAAAAUGACAUAGACCUGACCAAAUGUUUUCCCAUAACGAGACCAGAUGCAUCAUCGUUAGCAGCUAAUGUUUUGAACACCCCACCAAUUAUAUCACCAAACUGUUUGCUUCUGUCGACUGUAAUAGAAAAACAUAGGAUGAAAGUGAAACUAUUUAUAUCACUACAAGCAUCAGAGAGCACUAUAACAUAUCCUCUUGAUCAUUACUUCAAAGAUGUAUAUGAUUUUGCGAUUGCUUGCAAAAGAUCCAUGGGCUGGGAUGCCUUAGAAGUUAAGCCGAUAGUGCCUGCAUUCGCUCAAGAGAAGGGAACGUCUGUAGAACACAUAAUAAGGAACUAUCAUCCUACUGUAAAAUUUGCAUAUCUUCUAAACGUUCAUAAUAAAGCUUUCGUUCCGGAUGAAAAAUUCAUAUUGACCAAGGGGGAACAAACAUUGUGUGGUAUAUUGACUUUGACGAAGAGAGUCUAUAGGUAUCACUGCAGGCAGCAAGGUGGGUAUAAUGUGAAGACUGUAGUGAAAUUGUUAGAUUCUCCAUAAUAAACCUCGAUGAAAGCAGA